AUGGUAAGAAGAGUCUUUUAUAGGUUGUAUUUUCAGAGUAACUCACCGGGUGAAUCAAUUUGUGUGCCUCCAGUGCUGCUGUCGCCAGUACUUUCGCGACCGAUUCGUUCAGUACAUCCGACAACCACGAGCCCUUUGCCUAUUCAUGGGAGCGUCAUGAAUUUCCAUGUGAGUUAUUGGUGUUCUGCUGAUUAUGCUAGUAAAUCUACCUCAUUAACUCUGACAAAUACAGUGAUAAAUGGGAGAUAUAUGGCAGACUAA